AUGGUCGUGAGCUCCCACGGGAGUGAGUCUACGCGAUCCCAGCGGGACCGUCAGAAGCAAGUGAGCGACUCCUUCGCCCUGAACAGCUCCGGCCGCGGCUGGAUCUGCCUCCUCUCUCCGCCUCCUCUCCCACCUCCUCUCCCACCCUCUGCAGAGCCGCCAACCAAAUACCAAAUCUCCCAGCCGGACGUGUAUGUGGCCGCGCCCGGGGAGUCGCUAGAGUUGCGCUGCUGGCUGAGAGAUGCCGCUCGGAUCAGUUGGACUAAGGAUGGGGUGCACUUGGGGCCCGACAAUAGGACAGUGCUUAUUGGGGAGUACUUGCAGAUAAAGGGCGCCACGCCCCGGGACUCUGGCCUCUAUGCUUGCACGGCUGCUAGGACAGUGGACAGUGAGACGGGCUACUUCAUGGUGAAUGUCACAGAUGCCAUCUCCUCCGGGGACGACGAGGACGACGCCGACGGCUCCGAGGACUUUGCCAGCGAGAACAGUCACAAGAGGGCGCCCUACUGGACCAGCACGGAGAAGAUGGAGAAGCGGCUGCACGCUGUGCCCGCCGCCAACACGGUCAAGUUCCGCUGCCCGGCCAGCGGGAACCCCACGCCCACCAUGCGGUGGCUGAAGAACGGGAAGGAGUUCAGGCAGGAGCACCGCAUCGGAGGGUAUAAGGUGCGCAACCAGCACUGGAGCCUGAUCAUGGAGAGCGUGGUCCCUUCCGACAAAGGCAACUACACCUGCGUGGUGGAGAACGAGUGUGGCUCCAUCAACCACACCUACCACCUCGACGUCGUGGAGCGAUCCCCGCACCGGCCCAUCCUCCAGGCCGGGCUGCCCGCCAACGCCUCCACGGUGGUCGGGGGCGACGUGGAGUUUGUCUGCAAAGUGUACAGCGAUGCCCAGCCCCACAUCCAGUGGAUCAAACACGUGGAGAAGAACGGCAGCAAGUACGGGCCCGAUGGGCUGCCCUACCUCAAGGUGCUGAAGGCCGCCGGGGUUAACACCACGGACAAGGAGAUUGAGGUGCUCUAUAUUCGGAAUGUAACUUUUGAGGAUGCGGGGGAGUACACGUGCUUGGCGGGUAACUCUAUCGGCAUCUCCUUUCACUCUGCAUGGUUGACAGUCCUGCCAGCGCCCGGGAAGGAGCUGCCCGCGGCCCCCGACUACCUGGAGAUUGCCAUCUACUGCAUCGGCGUGUUCCUCAUCGCCUGCAUGGUGGUGACGGUCGUCGUGUGCCGCAUGAAGGCCUCGGCCAAGAAGCCCGACUUCAGCAGCCCGCCCGCCGUGCACAAGCUCUCCAAGCGCAUCCCCCUGCGCAGACAGGUGUCGGCCGAGUCCAGCUCCUCCAUGAACUCCAACACCCCCCUGGUGCGGAUCACCACCCGCCUGUCGUCCGCGGCGGACACCCCCAUGCUGGCGGGCGUCUCGGAGUACGAGCUGCCCGAGGACCCCAAGUGGGAGUUCCCCAGAGACAACUUGUCUGUCCCCCCAGGGCCCCUCUACGUCAUCGUGGAAUACGCCGCCAAGGGCAACCUCCGGGAGUACCUCCGGGCGCGGCGGCCGCCCGGGAUGGAGUACUCCUACGACAUCAACCACGUGCCCGAGGAGCAGAUGACCUUCAAGGACCUGGUGUCCUGCACCUACCAGCUGGCCCGGGGCAUGGAGUACCUGGCGUCCCAGAAGUGUAUCCACCGAGACUUGGCGGCCAGAAAUGUCCUGGUGACGGAGAACAACGUGAUGAAAAUAGCCGACUUCGGGCUGGCCAGGGACAUCAACAACAUCGACUACUACAAGAAGACCACGAACGGGCGGCUUCCCGUCAAGUGGAUGGCUCCGGAGGCCCUUUUCGACCGCGUGUACACGCAUCAGAGUGACGUGCGGGGUGCACCGGAGCCUGUGGGCUGUGGGGUGUCGUUUCGGGGGCUCACUCGGCGGCUCCGUCUCCGCAGGUACAUGAUGAUGAGGGAUUGCUGGCACGCGGUGCCCUCGCAGCGGCCGACCUUCAAGCAGCUGGUGGAGGACCUGGACCGGGUGCUCACGCUCACCACCAACGAGGAGUACCUGGACCUCAGCCAGCCCCUCGAGCAGUACUCGCCCAGCUACCCCGACACCAGGAGCUCCUGUUCGUCAGGCGACGACUCCGUCUUCUCCCCGGACCCCAUGCCCUACGAGCCCUGCCUCCCGCAGUACCCGCCUGUCAGCGGCAGCGUGGACACCUGAGCGGGCGUGUGUCCCGCCCCCU